GGUGAUGGGAGGAGUGUCGACAAAGGCCAAUUUCUUGUGACACACUUGAGCGCAUCGGCUGGCGCACAGGAGCCACCAGAAUGACGGAUCUAAGCUCGGCGUCCUACACCAUCGACUUUGGCUCGGCGUACGACGAACUCAACUUCACUUACAAUGACACCGACUUCGUCCUCAACCCCGAGACGCAACCCUGCAGCCCGUUCACCAUCCCGGAGGCCGCCGCCGUUUUUAUCAGCGUCUUUUACGUCGUCGUCUUCCUUUUGGCCAUUCCUGGGAAUCUGGUGGUGGGCCUCGUGAUCGGUCUGAGCAAGCAGGCGCUCCCGCCUUCGGACCUCUACCUCCUGCACCUGGCCGUGGCCGACGUGCUGCUGGCUGUCACGCUCCCGUUCUGGGCCACCUCCGUCACCAAGGGUUGGGUGUUUGGAGACCAACUGUGCAAAGUGGUCACCAUCGUCCAAGAGCUCAGCUUCUACUCCAGCAUCCUCUUCCUGACGUGCAUCAGCAUGGACCGCUACAUGGUCAUCGUCCGAGCCAUGGAGGCCCGCCCGUCGAACCGGCGGCGGCUGCUGCACAGCUGCGUCAACCCGGUGCUCUACGCUUUUGUGGGAGAGAAGUUCAGGAGGAGGUUGCAGCAGCUGAUGAGGAAGGUGGGCGUCCUGGAGAAAGCGUCGGUGUCCAGGACCAGCAGGUCUUCGCUCUCGUCCGAGAUGACGUCCGCGUUCAUGUAAAGAACUCUGAAGGGACACUUGUCGAAAUCAACAAACUUGUGAAUAUUCUGCGAUCGCAAUUUCUGUCGUCUCCUUUUUUUUUUUUACAUUCUUUCUUGGGUUUUGAAUUUUGAAGUGCCUGGAUACAACUUGUUGCUUGUGCAAAAAUUGAACACCCAAGUCAUCCUGAUCGUGACCAUGAAACCAAGGUUCCUCCACACGGGGAAUCAAAAAUCUUUCUGGGUGUUCAUAUCAUGCUGGGGUGGGAGAGAUAUGAUUAAAUUAUCCAUUGGUGCCUUUG